AUUCAAGCUCAAGCUCUCCAACAAGCAAAGGAACAACACCCUUUCCUCUACUUCCUCUCCCUCUCCCAAUCUUAUCUUCUUCUCACUUCGCGGCUAUGCCACCACCACCUCUUCCCACCAUUGGCUGCCAUUAAUUAUUCCCACGCACCCUGAGCCAUUUCCAGUUAGCUCACCAAAAACAUUUUUUAAGCGCAAUUGCUCUGGCCACAGCAUCACCAUAAAUCAAGAUGUUUACAAUGGCAGGCAAAACCUCAAUUCUCUCAAUGCUGCUCCUCCUCUGCUUUGCCUCCACUCUGCUUAUUGGUCACUCAACUUCUCAGAAUGACAAAAAGGCAUAUAUCGUGUAUAUGGGCAACAAGAGAGAUGAGGUUUCCACAUCAUCUCUUUACACAAGCAUGCUACAAGAUGUCGUUGGCAGUCAUAUUGGAGCAGAAUCUUUACUCUAUAGCUACAAAAGGAGUUUCCAUGGAUUUGCAGUGGAGCUAACUGAGCAAGAAGCUCAAAAAAUGGCUGGAAUGAAUGGGGUGGUGUCAGUAUUCCCUAACCAAAAAAAAGAGCUCCAUACAACAAGGUCAUGGGACUUCCUUGGCCUUCCGAAGCAAGUGGAUAAACCAACAACUGAAAGCGAUGCCAUUAUAGGAGUAUUCGACACUGGAAUUUGGCCGGAGUCUGCUAGCUUUGAUGACAAAGGAUUUGGUCCACCACCUAGCAAAUGGAAGGGCAAGUGCCAAGCCUCAACCAAUUUCACUUGCAACAAUAAAAUCAUUGGAGCAAAAUAUUACCGUAGCGAUAAAUUAUUUGUAGAAGGUGAUAUUAAAUCUCCGAGAGAUUCAGACGGCCAUGGGACACAUGUUGCAUCAAUUGCAGCCGGGAACUUAGUUAACGCAGCCAGCUUAGAAGGCAUUGGUUUUGGAACAGCACGAGGAGGGCUUCCAUCCGCACGAAUUGCCGUGUACAAAAUAUGUUGGUCUUUAGGCUGUAAUGAUGCUGAUAUUCUUGCAGCAUUCGAUGAUGCCAUUGCGGAUGGGAUUGACAUAAUAUCUAUAUCACUUGGUGGAUCUUCUAAGAACUAUUUUACAGAUGCAAUUGCCAUUGGUGCCUUUCAUGCUAUGAGAAAAGGAAUAUUGACAUCAACUUCUGCUGGUAACCGGGGUCCAGAUCUAGCAACCCUCUCAAGCUUCGCCCCAUGGUCUCUUUCUGUGGCUGCAAGCACCACAGACCGAAAGUUCUUCACCGAGGUCCAAUUAGGUAACAACAAGAAAUUUGAGGGAGUUUCAAUUAAUACAUUCGACCUCAAGAAUGGAACGUAUCCAAUAAUUUAUGGUGGAGAUGCACCAAACAAGACAUCAGAAUUUGGUUCUCCCUCCUACGCCAGGACUUGCAACGAUGAUUCUCUGGACAAAAAUUUGGUGAAAGGUAAAAUUGUACUUUGUGAUGGUGAGAAUGAUGGUACUGGGCAACUCUUUGCCGGUGCAGCUGGUACUGUGAUGCAAGGCCGACGCCCCGAUUCCUCUGCUUUCCCAUUUCCCUUGCCUGCAGCUUUCCUUAGCUUGGAGGAUGGUGCAAACAUUUACUCGUACAUAAAUUCGACAAGUAACCCAACUGCGACUAUUCUCAAGACUAAUGCCCGUAAAGAUACAUUUGCCCCUUACAUAGCUGCCUUCUCAUCCAGAGGUCCAAAUCCAGCUGCAAACAACAUUCUCAAGCCGGAUUUAGCUGCACCUGGAGUUGACAUUCUAGCUGCAUGGUCCCCAAUUUCCCCAAUUUCUGAAGUUUCUUUAGAUGAGAGAAAAUUUUCAUAUAAUAUAAUCUCAGGGACAUCAAUGGCUUGCCCACAUGCUUCAGGGGUGGCUGCCUACAUAAAAUCCUUUCACCCCACAUGGUCACCUGCUGCUAUCAUAUCCGCUCUCAAGACUACUGCUAUCCCUAUGGAUGCUGAAAAGAGCUCCGGAGCUGAAUUUGCAUAUGGUGCAGGCAAUAUAAAUCCUCUUAAGGCUUCAAAUCCUGGUUUAAUAUAUGAUAUUGAUGCUCUUGACUACAUAAAUUUUUUGUGUGGACAAGGAUAUAGUACCAAGUUAUUACAAUCUGUUACUGGGGACAAUAGUCGCUGUCCAGAAGGAUCUAAUAGAACAGUCUUUGAUCUAAACUAUCCUUCUUUUGCUCUAUCCAUACAACCCUCAAAUUCAAUAAGUCAUGUUUUCAAUCGGACCGUCACUAAUGUUGGAACAUCACCAUCUACGUACAAAGCUAAUGUGAUCGCCCCAACUGGACUUAGUAUCAAAGUGAACCCUAGUAUUCUAUCAUUUACAUCUUCUGGACAAAAGCAAUCGUUUGCACUCACAAUUGAAGGAACAUUAGAUAAACAAAUGGUCUCUACUUCUUUAGUUUGGGAUGAUGGUACUAACAAAGUGAGGAGCCCCAUUGUUGUGUAUGAGGCAUUUUGAUAUUUUAUAGAUGGUACAUGUAUUACCAAUAUUAAUAAAUCAAAAGCUUUGAGGUAAUAUGCGCAGAAAAAUGAUGUAGUAAGUGAUGAAACACAGAAAAAUUAUUGUAAUUUGAACCUUUGCUCAAUUGAAAUUAGUUAUAAAGAUUAUGUUUUUCUAACCAAA